UGCUUUUUGUUAAAUGCCUGUCGGUGCAGUUAAAGCGCUGGUGAAGAAGAAGAAGAAGACGGAACCAGAAAUCAUUCACAAAUAGCAACGGGUUUAAUCAAAACAAACGCUCUGUGUUUUUAAUCGUCGUCCUCCUUUAGACAUUAUCCAAAGAGAACGCGGGUGUGUCGGGACAAUGGGGAUCACGAAACUGGCAGAUCUGAUCCGCUUCAAUGCUCCUGAUGCCAUUUGUCACAAAGACAUCAGUGACUACACAGGAAAAGUGAUUGCUCUGGAUACGUCUAUUGUUGUUAACCAGUUCCGUGCAGCAACACCCACUUUAAGCCCCCUGACAGGUCUCUUCUUCCGCACACUCACCCUCCUGGAGCAUGACAUAAAACCAGUCUUUGUGUUUGAUGGAAAGCCUCCAGAGGAGAAGUCUGCUGUUCUUGAGAAGAGAGCUGAGACAUCAGGGUGGAAAUCCUCCAACCGCACAGGCACAGUUUCAUCUCAGACCAAGGAUUGUCUCCAUCUCUUGAAGCUUCUUGGUGUACCAUUCAUCCAGGCUCCAGGAGAUGCUGAGGCACUGUGUGCCCAGCUGGAGAGAGACGGGACUGUGGAUGCAGUGGCAUCAGAAGACAUGGACACCCUGCCAUUCGGAGCCAAUGUUCUUAUUCGUCAGUUGAACGCCAAAAGGGACAGUGAAGUAGUUGAAUAUUCUUUACCCAAAGUACUGGAGAAACUCCAAAUUAGUCACGAGGAGUUUGUUGACCUGUGUAUUUUGUUGGGCUGUGACUACUGUGACAAGAUAACCGGUUUGGGACCUAAGAAAGCUCUGACUCUGAUCCAGAAGCACCGUAAGAUUGAGAAUGUGGUUGUGCACGUCAACAAACAGACCCAUCCUAUUCCACAUUUCUGGAAGUACAAAGAAGCACGCAAGUUAUUCUUGGCUGCACCACAGACCGUUGCACCUGAGCUCGCCUGGACGGAACCAGACGAAGAAGCCUUGGUUGGGUUUCUCUGUCACACCAAACGUGUGAAGGUGGAGCGAGUCCGUCAUCGAAUGGAAAAGUUCCGUCAGAAGCGGGAAAGCAGGCGGAAUGAGCGAGAAAAGGAAAGAGCGCUGGGUUCCUGCAGGCAAACACAAAUAAUGGACUUCUUCAGAGUUACCAGGAAGAGGGAACAGCCUGUGGAAGCUACAGAGCCAUUACGCAACAAAAGAAAGAAACCAAAUUCAACAUGAGACCCCUGCUUUUAUGUUGACUCCACUCAGAGAAAAUCAAGAAAGUAUUACAUUUUUAUUUUUAUUUUUACAGUAUAUCUUUAUUUUUUGGUAACACUCAUUGAAACAUUUUAACUGUCUCAGAGGCAGUGGCUGUACUUGUUUGAUUAUGUUUAGCAUUUACAGAGUAUUCCACUUUUCCAAGUGUCCUUUUAGUUUUAGUUUCCACCUGCUUAUAAGAAGCCAAAACAGACAACUGACUUUCGAGUCUUUUGUCAUUGCAUGGGAGAACUACCCCACUGACACUACAGUAAUCCAAUCUUGUCUAAGCAGCAGUGUUCACAAACAACGUACUUCAAUAAGCAGUUCUUCAGUGCAUCCAGCAUUUCUCUGCAGAGCCCCAAAGAGAAGCAGAGUCGGCUGCAGGCAGCUCUGCGAGAGAACAGUGUGCUCACUGUCAGCGAGGACUAACCCUAAGCCAAAGCUGGAAAUAGGGGAAGUCUCAUCACUGGAUAUUCAAUGAGCACCUGUCGCAUAAAGGCUGCCAAGGCAGAGACCAGAGACUAGAAUUUUAAAAUCUGUACUGAAAUGGUAUCAUGUUAAAAAAAAAUAAUUCUGAGAUGUUUAAAUCCAUGAAAAGAUGAAC